GUAUGAGUAUGUUUUUUUGUUAUACAGUCUGAACUAAAAGGAAAAUAACUUUUUUUUCGGAACGUGUGCUCGUUAGCCUCGCGGACUCUAUUCGGUGUCGGACUACCGGACGUUCGCGAGUCCUUCACUAAAAUGGCGGCGCUGGUAGGUCCCCGCCUGGCCAGGCUUUUAAGCAUAAACCUCAGACCUGGCUGUGUUUUCGCUGUGCAUAAUAAAGGCCUUCACCAGAGUUCAGAAGCUGAAAGCAGUGUUAUUCCUGCUAGACACAAAAGUACAGCAUUAGCUCCUAAGAAGUCCUCCGCACCCAGCAGUAAAGGAGAGUAUGUUAUCGCCAAAUUGGAUGACCUGGUCAAUUGGGCUCGACGAAGCUCCCUGUGGCCCAUGACCUUUGGUCUUGCCUGUUGUGCAGUUGAGAUGAUGCACAUGGCAGCACCACGCUACGACAUGGACCGUUUCGGAGUGGUCUUCCGAGCCAGCCCUCGGCAGGCAGAUGUCAUGAUUGUUGCAGGAACUCUCACCAACAAAAUGGCCCCUGCCCUCAGAAAGGUCUAUGAUCAGAUGCCAGAACCUCGCUAUGUCAUCUCCAUGGGCAGCUGUGCCAAUGGCGGUGGGUAUUACCAUUAUUCCUACGCCGUGGUGAGAGGCUGUGACCGGAUAGUGCCCGUGGAUAUCUACGUCCCUGGCUGCCCCCCAACAGCAGAGGCUCUACUCUACGGUGUCCUACAGCUUCAGAGGAAAAUCAAGAGGGAGAAGAAGCUGAGAAUCUGGUACCGCAAGUGAAAGUACAUGACUUAUUUAUCAGUAGCAUUUUUCUUCUGUUGUAUACAACUCUGCGUGUGCACACAUUAAUAAAAUUCUUUACACUCUU